GAAAGUAAAAGUAAAAGUUGUUGAAAACAAAGAAGAAACCUUAACCAAAUCGUAAGUUAAAGCCGUUGGAGAGAGAUAGAGUACAGUUUGAGUGUAUGUGUCUGUCUCUGAAUCUUUUCUUUGUUAUUUGUGAAUUGAAAAAACAGAGCGAUGUGGUUAAAGACAUUAGUAACCUCUCCUAUUUCCGUAAUCGCACUUCUCGUCCUCUUGAUCGCUCUCUUUCUCAGAUUUCCCAUCAACUUCCCCACUUCACACUCACAGAGAUUGUUCAGUACAGAAGAGCUUUCAUUGUUCAAUGGAACUGAUCAAGGGUUACCAAUCCUUUUAGGAAUUCUCGGAUCUGUUUUUGAUGUAACCAAAGGAAAAUCACAUUAUGGUUCAGGAGGAGGUUACAAUCACUUUGCUGGAAGGGAUGCUUCUCGCGCAUUUGUCUCUGGAAAUUUCACAGGAGACGGCCUCACAGACUCAUUGCGCAAUCUAUCUAGCACUGAGGUCAAGAGCGUUGUUGAGUGGAGAGAUUUCUACCACAAAUCUUACAAGUACGUUGGUAAGUUAGUUGGUAGAUACUACGAUAGCCAAGGGAAUCCUACAAAAUAUUUGAAAGGGGUUGAAGCAAAGGCUGCGAGAGGUGCUCAGCUUCUAGAAAAACAGAAGAUCGAAGAGGCUAAACAACCUUCAUGCAGUUCAAGUUGGAGUCAAGACGAUGGUGGUCAGGUAUGGUGUGAUGCUGGCUACCCGAGGUUGAUUCUGCGACCGAUAGAAAUGGCUUUGACCGGGAAGAUAAGUAAGCGAUGCGCUUGCUUUGAAGAGUCUCAGUUAGGCCAAUCUGGUUUAGAAUUAUACGAAGGAUGCGACUACCAUGCCAACAGGUGCAAAGCUUAGUCACGAAUGUAACACCAAUAGGAGAAUACUUUUUGUCGGGUAUACACGUGUUUUUGAAUAUGUAUUUUAAAACUUAAUUUAAUGAAUCUGGUAUACUUGCACGAACAAAGUCUUCUACUUUCACAGUGACAAAAUGUGUCUGCAUCGAUUUUGGGAUUAUCAAAUAUCUACUCAGAUGUUUAAAUUGUAAAACCGAAUUUUGAAAUUCCAAUAGUGAACAUUAU